UUUUUCAAGACUAAAAGUGGAUUAAUAUGGACUGAAGAGGAAUAUCCUGUUAGAUAAAAACAUGUUGUUCAUUUAGUUUUACUUUGUUCAAAACUGUACAUUUUUGACUUUUGGACUUUACAAUGCCGUGGAGAUACUGGAAAUGUUUGGAUCAUCCUCCAUCAGCUGUGCUGUGUGUAUGAAACCAGGCAAUGUCCACCAUGGUGUAUCCACGUGAAGAAGCCCUGGAGAGACUGAGCCAGGAUGAGAUCGUCCUCAACACUAAGGCCGUCAUGCAGGGCCUGGAGACGCUGCGUGGCGAACACGCCCAGCUCCUCAACUCGCUGCUGGACUGCACCCAGCCGCCGGCCGCCCAGGAGAAGUCCGGACUGCUCCGCAAGAGUCUGGAGGCCAUCGAGCUGGGCCUGGGAGAGGCACAGGUGAUCAUCGCUCUGUCGAGCCACCUUAGCGCCGUGGAGUCGGAGAAGCAGAAGCUGCGCGCUCAGGUGCGUCGCCUCUGCCAGGAGAACCAGUGGCUCCGCGACGAGCUGGCGGGGACGCAGCACAAGCUGCAGCGCAGCGAGCAGAGCGUCGCCCAGCUGGAGGAGGAGAAGAAGCACCUGGAGUUCAUGAACCAGAUCAAGAAGUUUGACGACGACGUGUCGCCCUCGGAGGAGAAGAACCAGAGCUCCGGUGGCGGCAGUGGAAGCGGAGGAGACACUUCAAAGGACAGCCUGGAUGAUCUGUUCCCCAACGAUGAUGACCAGGGACCAGCCCAGCCCAGCGGAGAGGUGGCAGCCCAGCAGGGAGGCUACGAGAUCCCGGCCCGCCUCAGGACGCUCCACAACCUGGUGAUCCAGUACGCCUCGCAGGGGAGGUACGAGGUGGCCGUGCCGCUGUGCAAACAAGCCCUGGAGGACCUGGAGAAGACGUCUGGGCACGACCACCCUGACGUAGCCACAAUGCUCAACAUCCUGGCCUUGGUGUACAGGGAUCAGAACAAGUACAAAGAAGCAGCUCACCUCCUGAAUGACGCCCUGGCCAUCAGAGAGAAGACGCUGGGCAAGGAUCAUCCAGCCGUGGCCGCGACCCUCAACAACCUGGCCGUCCUGUACGGAAAGAGGGGCAAAUACAAGGAGGCUGAGCCUCUGUGCAAGAGAGCGCUGGAGAUCAGAGAGAAGGUGUUGGGGAAGUACCACCCAGAUGUGGCCAAGCAGCUGAACAACUUGGCCCUGCUGUGUCAGAACCAGGGCAAGUACGACGAGGUGGAGUACUACUACAGACGAGCCCUGGAGAUCUACGAGUCCAAACUGGGAGCCGACGACCCCAACGUGGCCAAGACCAAAAACAACCUGGCGACGUGCUACCUGAAGCAGGGGAAGUUCAUGGACGCCGAGGCUCUGUACAAAGAGAUCCUGACCAGGGCACACGAGAAGGAGUUUGGAUCUGUCAACAAUGACAACAAGCCAAUCUGGAUGCACGCAGAGGAGAGAGAGGAGAGCAAGGGUAAGCGUAAGGACGCUGGCCCGUAUGUAGAGUAUGGCAGCUGGUAUAAAGCCUGCAAGGUGGACAGCCCGACCGUGAAUACAACCCUGAAAAGCCUGGGAGCUUUGUACCGUCGCCAGGGCAAACUGGAGGCAGCAGAAACGCUGGAGGAGUGCGCCAGCAAGUCACGUAAACAGGGUAUUGAUGCCAUUAACCAGAGUAAGGUGGUGGAGCUGCUGAAGGACGGAGGAGCCGGAGGCGGCGACAGACGACACAGCAGGGAAGGAAUCAACGGUCCGGGGGGACAGCGAGGGGAGAACGAGGGCGAUGACUCCGCCGAGUGGAACGGGGACGGUAAUGGGUCUCUGCGCCGCAGCGGCUCCUUCGGGAAGAUCCGUGACGCCCUGAGAAGGAGCAGCGAGAUGCUGGUGAAGAAGCUGCAGGGAAGCGGACCACAAGAACCUCGUAACCCAGGAAUGAAGAGAGCGAGCUCCCUCAACUUCCUCAACAAGAGCGCUGAGGAGACCACACAGGACGCCAGCUCCGGAUUCUCUGACUGCAGGGGACUAAGCGCCAGCAACGUGGACCUAUCCAGACGCAGCUCCCUGAUUGGCUAGACAGAGACAAGAGGAGGCGGGACACGGCGUGGGGGUUUGUGGGGUGGUAGACACGGAGCGGCCCGGCGAGGAGAGGCUGUUUGCAGCUUGGUUUGAUCAAACAAACACACCUAAAGCUCAAAGCGAGAUCAAACACUUUGCACCUGCAGCAUAUUUUUUUAAACAACACUCAGUCGUCACUAAACGUCAUCCCGUAAGACGCGGUCGCUGCUUCGCUGUACAAACCGCUGCCCUCGAUCAGAACAGAGAACAUUUAGAUACACAUUAAUCAGCAUGCUGCUUACUAGAAAGUGGAAUGUCUGCACCUGAACGCCUCGUGUUCUUUCAAACUCAUACCACCGUAGCAAACGCAUCGUAUCACGUCGUGGUGACGAGUCUGUCUCGUUAGAUCUCACACCCUCACGUGCAGACACUCAACCUUUAGGUAGGCUAAACUGGUUUCAGUUCAAAGAAAAAAACCCACUGCACUCUGUAUAUUUCACCAGUAGCAUGUUUGCUGAUGCUGACCGCUCAUCGAAUGCACAUCAUGGACGGUUUAAAAAAAAAAAAGGUACGAUCCGCUUCGAUUUUAUCCGAGAAUACGAGUAAUCUUUUGGGUAUUUUCAAAAACAAAUCAUUAGCACUAACCAUUUAAACCUCACUUUUUGCCUUCUUGUUUUUUAUGUAUAUACAGUUUUAAAUUAUUUGAUAUUUCAUCCUUUGUAUAUAGCGCACAUUUGAUCUUGUGUUUUUUGUUUUGUUUUUUCUUUUUGUUUACACUUCAUUGGGUUUAAAGACGGUCUCAGCUGGAAAAAAAAAAUAUGUAAAGGGGGACGAAGACUGGAAAAAGAAGGAUGGCGGGAAAACGCUGAUAAUCUGCUGACAUUCGAGAUAAGCCGCAAGGUUUUAGUCUAAACUGUAAUAAUGCACUUUUGAACGUGACGGUACUGUACACAGUAGUUCUCACUGCGCCCUCUACUGGACAGGCUCACGGCGAAAAUCUUUUAAAUAAACGAAAAAAGUUAAUUUGAAAGGUUUCUCUUGAAUACUACCUACAGAAAGUUAAAUUGAACACUAGAAUCAUUAAGUUCAGGUAAGUUUUACCGACACUAAUUUACCAAACAGCCACAAGCCUGAAGCGAUAUCGAAGGAAAAUGCUGUGAAAGAGACGUUUAAAUCUGAUUUGUUUACAAUCAUUAAACUGGGAAAUUUAAGGCAUAAUCAUUUCGAAAAAAUUAUACUUUAUUGGUUUAAAGCUGACGCAGCUACAAUCUGUUUACUUUUAUUACUUCCUCUUUGUGAGAAUUUGUUUUUGUCUCGUUGACUGUUGCUGAAUAUGUAUCUUUUUUUUUUUUUGUACAAAACAAUCCUUAAGUGUUACGUUUGUCGACGCUGACCCGGACGGGCGUCAUCAGUCGCAAUCACUCGCAAGAGAAUCCGACUGUUGAACGUCCGUCCUCGAUGAAUUUUGUUGUGCUGUUUUGCUUUUUUUCCUGUUUUGGCUCUGAGCUUUUAUUUUGAAGGUACUGCAAACUGAUUAUCUGAAUGUUACGUUUCAUGUCGGUCUGGUGGCAUACGCACUGGAUUUAUGGAAGCUAAACUCCACCAAAAUAAGACCAAUAUCUACAGAAUGUACACGAAGCAAAAAAUCAGGA